UACAAAGUAGAAGAAUUGUCCAGAAGAUCAACCAGCUCAAGUAUUCAAAAUGAGAAACAAGAUGCCAUUGGUUCAUUCCUACAGAAUUGAAAAUGCAGAGAAAAUGGUUUUGAAAGCUCUGCUUCUCUUCCUCCUCUUUCAGUUCUGCACUUGCAGGGACACCAUGAGAGGGAACGGAGAACAAUUGAAGGAUGUUGAUGGUGACUAUUUAGUGUCCAAAGAAAGCAAGUUUGAAUUGGGUUUCUUCAGCCCUGGAAAUUCUAGCUACCGGUAUGUUGGAAUUUGGUAUUCUCAGACUAGAGUAUCUGAAAAAACAGUGGUGUGGGUUGCAAACAGAAACAAUCCCAUCAAUGAUACCUCUGGUGUGCUCACAUUUAACAGGUAUGGAGAACUAGUCCUUUAUGCUCACAACAUGGAGAGUAUUCCUAUAUGGUCUACACAUGUGUCGCAGUCGGUCCAAAAUGUUAACACAAGCACUUUAUCUGCACAGCUUUUGGAUACAGGAAAUUUAGUUGUGUUCCAGGAUGAUAAUAAUGAUAUCUUUAUAUGGCAAAGUUUUGAUUAUCCUACAGAUACUCUGCUUCCAGGAAUGAGACUUGGAUUGAAUCGGAAAACUGGGCUAGAAUGGGCUUUAACAUCCUGGAAGUCACAAGAUGACCCUGGAACUGGGGACUAUACACAUAGGCUUUAUUUGAAUCAGACUGCAACCCCCCAAUUUUUUACAUAUAAAGGUUCAAGUAAGUAUUGGCGAAGUGAUCCAGGGCCAUAUGCUACGUUGGUCACUAAUCAAGACGAAACGUAUUAUUUCCUGAAUAACACCAAUGGAAUUGCAAGAAUAAUUUUGAAUGGUUCAGAGUUACAGCGCCUUACAUGGAGUGAUGGAGACCAUCAAUGGAAGGAAACCUAUGCUGUACCGACAUUCCGGUGUGACUGGUAUGGACAUUGUGGUGCCAACAGCAAAUGUAGCCCUGACAAUAUUAGUCUGUUUGAGUGUGACUGUCUACCCGGUUUUGAACCAAAAUCUGUCAAUGAGUGGAAUCAGAAUAAUGGGUCAGAUGGAUGUGUGAGUAAGCGAAAUGAAGUUUCUAAGUGUGAGAAUGAAGAAGGGUUUGUGAAGGUCACAAGAGUUAAAAUUCCAGACAUAUCAAUAGCAGCUCGAUUGGAAGCACGUAUGAGUAACAAAGUGUGUAGGCAGAAGUGCUUGGCAAAUUGUUCUUGCACAGCAUAUAUGAGCAUUGAAAAUGAAAAAGGGGUUGCUGAUUGUUUGACAUGGUAUGAUGAUUUGAUGGAUAUUUUAGUGUACACAGAGGUUGGACGAGAUCUAUAUGUUCGUGUGGAUCGAAUCGAAUUAGCUGAGAAUUCUAGAAAAUCAAAAGGUUUCUUGGAAAGAAGGGGUAUGCUGGCUAUUCCAAUACUCUUUUCUCUGCUAGCACUGGUACUAAUCAUUAUGUUCGCUUGCUGGUGGCGUAAGAAAAAAAGGAAUACAACAGAAAUUGUGGAGGCGGAUGAACUUGAGGAAACUAAGAGACACCCCGAAUUGCAAUUUUUUGAUCUGAACACACUAAUGGCAGCCACAGAUAACUUCUCUCAUGUCAAUGAACUCGGCCAAGGUGGUUUUGGCGCUGUUUAUAAGGGUCAGUUACCAAAUGAGCAGAAGGUAGCUGUAAAAAGGUUGUCUAAAACAUCAGGACAAGGGACUGAAGAAUUCAAAAAUGAAGUUGCACUUAUAGCAAGACUUCAACACCGCAAUCUCGUAAAACUCUUAGGCUGUUGUAUAAAGGGGAAAGAACGAAUGUUAGUCCUGGAAUACAUGCCGAACAAAAGCUUGGACUCAUUUCUCUUUGAUCACACAAGACGGUCCUUCUUGGAUUGGGAAAAGCGCUUUGAAAUUAUCAACGGGAUUGCUCGUGGGAUUCUGUAUCUUCACCAAGACUCAAGAUUGAGGAUUAUCCAUAGAGAUCUAAAAACCAGUAAUGUUCUUCUAGAUGCUGAAAUGAACCCAAAAAUUUCUGAUUUUGGCAUGGCAAGAAUAUUUGACGGGGACCAAAUUCAGGAUAAAACAAACCGAGUUGUUGGAACAUAUGGCUAUAUGUCACCAGAGUAUGCAGUAUUUGGCAGAUUUUCUACUAAAUCUGAUGUCUUUAGUUUUGGGAUCAUUUUGUUAGAGGUUGUAACUGGCAAAAGAAACAAUGGUUUUUCUCAAGAGGAUCCUUCCAUGAACUUGAUAAGACACGUUUGGGAACUCUGGAGAGAAGACAGAGCCUUAGAACUUGUGGAUUCGAAUCUGGAGUCAUAUAAUUCUGAUGAGGUCAUGAGAUGCAUUCAAGUUGCGCUCUUGUGCGUGCAAGAAGAAUCAAAGGACAGGCCAGCCAUGUCUGCCAUUGUUUUCAUGUUGAGUGGUGAAACAUCUCCUCCAUCGCCUAACCAACCUGCAUAUGUUUUCAGAAGAACCUCCAGCAUUGAUGCUGAUCCAUCAGUACCAAUACGAUUAUAUUCUAUAAACGACUUGACAAUAACUGCAGAGGAAGGACAUUAUAGCCAUAUUAUUGGCUAUUCAAUGGAGAAGAGUGAUUGUCGCUAACAGCCCCCCUCAAACUUGGCGGUCCUGGAUGGACAAGUUUGGAAGAGAAAAGAAGAUGACUAGAUUUGUGAAGCGGCUUUGUUAGCAAGUCAGCUAGCUGGUCUCUGGAAGGAAUGAAGCAAACUCGGUGACUACCACGAGCAACCUUUUCAUGAACGUAGUGGUAAUCAAGCUCAAUAUGUUUCGUGCGAGCAUGGAACACAGGAUUGGAAUCCAUAUAGGUGGUGCUGAGAUUAUCACAAUGGAGCAAAAUUGGAAACUGAAUUUGGGCACCAAGCUCAUACAAUAAAUAACCCAACCAUGUUGUUUCGGCACUAGCAUGAGCAAGAGAUCUAUACUCGGACUCAGCACUAGACCGUGCUAUGGUGGGCUGCUUUUUAGAACACCAAGAGAUGAGGUUGGAACCAAGAUAGACAAGAUAGCCAGAUGUGGAGAACCGACAAUCAGGACAACCAGCCCAGUCAACAUCAGAGUAAGCCGAGAGAUGAACCGGUUGACGUUGGGGAGUGAACAACAAACCAUGACCAAGAGAACCUUUAACGUAACGGAGAAUGCGCUUGACAACUAUAAGAUGAGGGACACGAGGAUGACUCAUAAACUGGGAAACCAAGUUAACGGCAAAGGCAAUAUCAAGCCGAGUGAUGGUAAGAUACUGUAAGGACCCAACAAGCUCACGAUACAGUGUAGGAUUUGGAAGCAUAACUCCAUCAGUAGAAGUAAGAUCAGACUUGGCAGACAUGGGUGUGCUGACAGGCUUGCUGAACAAGAGAUCAUGUUUGGAGAGAAGAUCAUGAGCAUAUUUAAUUUGGUUUAUGGGCAGGCCAUGGGAAUGUUUAGUGACCUGCAACCCUAGAAAAUAAUGAAGAGGACCUAGAUCCUUGAUGUCAAAACCACGACCAAGAGCAUCAAUAAAACAUUGGAGGAGAUAAUCACUGC